AUGAGGACAGCUGGGCCAGAAACAGAACUUGCCCCGCUGUCAUCCAUGACUACAGUCACCUUCAACUACGACUACUACUACGAUGACCAGUGCCAGUACCAGCACCUGCAACAUAUGUCUACUUUCCUGCCUAUCCUUUACAGUGCCGUGUUCCUGGUGGGCAUUAUUGGCAACUCAAUCCUGAUAGCGGCCUUGAUCUUCAAGCGGCGGGUCCAGAGGCUGAUUGACAUCUUUAUCAUCAACCUCGCUACGUCUGACUUCAUCUUCCUCAUCACACUGCCUUUCUGGGUGGACAUGGAGGUGUCAGAUGAGAGCUGGAGGGUAGGAUCUUUCCUGUGCAAAGCUAGUUCCUAUGUCAUCUCAGUCAACAUGUACUGCAGCAUCUUGCUACUCACCUGCAUGAGUGCUGACCGGUACCUCGCUAUCAUGCACCCCUGUGUCGCACGACGGAUCAGGACAAGAUCCUAUUUUGGGGGACUCUGCAUCUCUGUCUGGGUAUUAUCCUGUUGCUUAGGGAUUCCAACCCUUUUGUCCAGAGAACUGAAGACUCAAUAUGGAAAGACUUACUGCACAGACAAAGCCGUGACAGAAGUCAAACAGAUCAUGUCACUGAUGCUUUUAAUCCUGGCCUUCUUUGUCCCACUGUUGAGUAUCUUAACCUUUUAUUGUUCCAUCACCAAGAGACUCUGUGUGCACUAUCAGAAGGCUGGGAAACAUGAUAAGAAGCUGAGAAAAUCCAUCAAGAUCGUCUUCAUUGUAGUGGCAGCUUUUGUUGUCUCCUGGGUUCCUUACAAUCUUUUCAAGCUUAUGGCCAUCCUUUUGCGGCUCCUGAAGCAGCCCAGCUGCUUUUCUGGCACGGUUGCCCAACUGGGCAUGAAGGUGAGCAGCCCUUUUGCUUUUGCCAAUAGCUGUGCCAACCCUUUCAUUUACUUUUGCUUUGACAACUACAUCCGCAGAGCCAUGCUCCAGUGCCUGUGCCCACAGGUGAAAAUGAGCAGCAACAGCUCCGAUACCCUGGACACCCACCUGAGCCAUUCCUUAUCCAAUUUUGUGGCAGGGGAGUAUUCCACGAGGAAGAGGAAGCGCUCUGUGUCCCUCUGA